AAACUGGAAAAUGUAAAAAGGAAAAUGGAAGAGAAUGCGAAGAAUUGUCCGUCUGAUUCGAAUAUUUCUCGAGUUUUAUUUUCAAAUCAAUUAAAUAAAUCUAAUGAAUCGACGCUUUGCUUUAAUAAGGCGCAUUUUUCACGAAGCGAUUUCAACGUUGAACGUUUUAUAAAUUUAGCUCGUCGAAGAGCAAAUUUGUCACAAAUCCACAAUGAUUUGCGGGUUUAUUUGAAAAUCGUGCAGAAUUCGAUGAUCGAGCUGAUCAAUGAUGAUUAUGCUGAUUUUGUAAAUUUAUCCUCCAGUUUGGUUGGCUUGAAAGACUCAAUCGAAAAACUUAAUAAAGAUGUUGAGUCGAUCUGGGAUGAUUUUUUUUCGAGUACGUCAAGUUUAAUAUCAGCAGCGACGAAUAUCGAGAAAUAUUCGAUUGAUUUGGCCGAAUGUCGGCAAUUACAAAUCUGUAUUCGUUCAAAAAUCUCAUUAAUAAAAGCGAUAGAACGGUUGUCAGAAAUUUUAAACAAUAAACCGGACGAACUGGAUGGCUUUUGGAUGAGCAAGCUCGCUGACUCGAUUGUGGAUUUGGAAUUGUGGUAUAAAAAAGUGGGAAGUAUUGACGAUAAGUUAUUACAGUUGGUAGAAGCUCGGUCUUCUUGUAUCGUUUCGGUGCGCGAAAUUGUUGAACAAUGGCUUAUAUACGAUCUGGAAAAAGAUUGUCAACAUAUUAAUGUUCUCCUAGGUAUUUUAAUCUUAACUGACUCGUUAGAUUCAACAGUCAGUAAAGUGAUGACGGAAAUAAUUGAUUGUAAAAUAGAAAAACGUCGUGAUGAUCUCGAACGAUUUUUAUAUUCUAUUUUUGCAGAAAUUAAAAAGAUGCGUAAGCACUUCAUAUCAAAAGCAAAAAAGAAUGGAAAUUGUAAUUUGGAUGUUACGGCUUUCUUAGAUAAAUGCUUGUUAACUUAUGUUAUGUCAAUUUUGGAUCAGGAUCGUAAUCCUUUUAUUUUGCAGUAUUUCGGUUCCGUUUUGAUUCCAAGUGAUAAUCGCCUAUUCCAUCGAUGUUUUUUAAGUACGUGUGAAUUUAUAUCAAGUUGGCCUAAUCCAGCUUCAUCGCGCAUUGUUCUUCGAAUGAUCCGUGAUAAGUUUAAUCUCUUGGUUUAUUUUAAACUGGAAACGCAACAUAUUCUUGCCGAGUUGAAAGAAUCUACUAUUUAUGAAAAGAUAAACUUGAUAGAACAUGGUUCGGAAAUUGGAAAUGAAAAGUUGUACUAUCAAUAUUCGGUUAUUGUCAUAAAUGCAUUUGGUCGAAUCUGGAGUGAUGACGUGUUUUUGCCACCACUGAUUGACAAAUUUUGGGAUUUUUCGAUAAAAUUGCUAUCAAGCUACUUGGGAUGGCUUGACAAAAUUUCGAGGUAUUCUUUGGCAGCGGUAGAACGAAACGACGAUAAUAUAGAGUCAUGGCGCUUAUUGUGCGCCCUUCGUUCUGAUGCAGCGACGCUUGAUGCUCGAAUAUUCGAUUUGGCUUUGUUGACAGUUUGGAAAAAAAUCCGAGAAAUUGAAGUAGUUUUAAUUUUUUGGCUAAAUAUAUUCAUUUUGACUUACAAAAUUUUGGAUGUAACAACAUUUGGACAAUGUUUAUCAUUUUUUUCAUCGAGAAUUGCUGAGAAAAUAGAAGAUCUGGAAAAAUCAAGCAUUGAAAAAGUGGCGAAAAAUCUGAGCAAGAUAUUGGAAGGCGUUUCGGAUAUUCCUCGUCAUUAUCGAUGGACAAAAAAGCCAUUUCCAGCUGAAGCAUCCAUUUACAUAAUUGAAGCCUUUUCGGCAUUUUCUGAUUUCCAGAACGAGGUGGGAAAUCGUCAUUGGCCGUCUGAAAGUAUUAUUAAUGUAUCAAGGGAUAUUUUACGAGUGGCUUUAAUAUAUUUUUGUAAAAAAGCGGAGCAGGUACUUGAUUCCGUCGAGCAGACGGGUUCAAGCCUCCAGCGUUUUAAACGACGAACAACUAAUCUGUCAGACCAAAGUAAUACUGACACGGAUGAAAACAAAAUACGGAACCAGCUGCUGUUUGACUUAGCAUAUUGUCUGGACUGGGCCAGCAAUCAUUCUUUAGAAUUGCCAGUAAUCGUAACUCUAAUGGAAAGGGCCAAAAAUGUGGAUGUGGCUAUUAAAGAAAAGGUCUCUGCGCCUGCUGAAAUGCACUGA